AUGGCAUAUCGAGGUUUUAGUCAGUCUUCGGGCCAGACCACUAGCCACAGAGCGGUGCUAUCAAAGACUGCGGGUGUUUUGCCAACCACUGUGUCUCAGCUGCUGUCUGCUGCUCACAUCCACAAUGACGCCUUUAGUAUCGGUGAUCUGGAACUCAGCCAGGUUUCAGUCGUGGGCAUCGUCAGAGGAUUUGCUCCGUUUGUGACCAACAUUCAGUACUCUGUGGACGAUAUGACCGGUCCACCUCUGAAAGUGAUGCAGUGGGUUAACACAGAGGACUGUGCACUGAUGACCUCUAUUCCAACUGGAGUUUAUGUGAAGGUUGUAGGAAGUCUAGUCUACUUCAGUGGUCAAAGGUCAUUGCUGGCAAAGGAUAUUCGUCUUAUCAAGGACCUGAAUGAGAUCACAUCCCACAUACUGGAAGUGGUUCAGGCCCAAAUGCAUCUUUCUGGAAAGGUGUUCGAUGUGAACAUGAAUACCCCUGUUGCCUCACUGUCCAGUAGGUUGAGAGGUGGACAUCCUGAAGGCAUGUUGUCAAAUGGCUUGUCCACCAUCCAAGGACAGGUGUUGCAGGUCAUCAGGAGGUUCUCGGUCCAUGAAUAUGGCAUCAGUUUGUGUGACCUGAAGAGACAGUUGGAUUACCUCACGAUGAUGGACAUCAGAACUUCCUUGGCUGUUCUGCUAAAUGAAGGUCAUGUGUUUUGUACCAUUGAUGAGAAUCAUUUCAAGUCAGCAGUCUGCUAG